AUGGCUUAUCUCAGUCUGCUCGCGGAAACGCCCUCAGCGGUUGAACCAAGCAUCUUCCCCCGCGACGACGACACGGACGACGCCGAACUCUACCCAGAAGAACGCCAGAACGUCAAGUUCAUUUCAAACUACUACUUCCUCAUCAUCAUCCUCGCAGUCCUCAUCCUCGUCGCAAUAUGGCUCAUCCACCGCCGCAAAGGACUGGACGAGCGUGGGGAGGCGCCGCCACCGUAUCAGCCAAAGUCGGAGGUAUCUUCUACGACUAUCGCUAUACCGCUUCGGAUUCUACCAGCAGACGGGAGCGAGCGAUCAUUGCCGCCGCAGUAUAAAGCGCUGCCAUAA